AUGAAACAAUCAAACGAGUCCAAAAUUAUCGACAACAACGACAACGACCUUCGUCCCAGAUUUUCCGUGAACAAAGCACAUCAUCGACCCGUGAAAAAACAACAAAUCCUUGCAACCGUUGUGGAUAUGACCGAGCUCACAAACAAUGUCCAGCAAUGGGAUCUCUUUGCAAUGCAUGUGGCAAACGUAACCACUACGCCAAAGUAUCUCGAUCGAAGCCCGCAGAAAGAUUUUCAAAUGGCAGACGACAACGACAAUUCGAAGGCAAAGACACAAGAGACACACAACAAUCAACAUCGGGAGAAAGAAAUCGGAGAGACAGGAAAAUGCCAGAAACUAAAAAUGUCAAGCAUGUUACCUACAAUAGAGAUCGAAGCCCGAGUACCGAAAGCAGCACAUCAAGUGAUAGCAACUUGGUAA